AUAGAAUGAGAGAGACUUGGAAACAUAAUCGGAGAUUGAACAUUUGGACCUUGAGUCAUAAAUAUUCUCUCUAUAUUAGAAGAGCUCUCUCCCCCACCACGACCGUACACCCCCGGCACGCAACGACUAGCGAGAGAAAAUAAAAAAAAGUCUCACCUUUUUCCUCUGAUUUUGCGUCCGCCCCAUCAAUUUCGAGUCCAUGAAGCAUCAAGCUUCUGCUCCGCAACAACCCAGACCCAGCGAUAAAUAGAUGAAGAAGCGACAAAAGUCUUCCAGUACAUUUAUUGAAAAACGCGAAAAGCGUUCUCAAGAAGCGGUGGUACUCAUGUAUCCUCAGUAAGAACUCCUCAGACGGCUCUGCUUUCGCACAGUAGAGAACAAAAAGCAGGCUGUUUCUUCCAUUUAAGGUUGUGUUGACGACAUGGCUGCUGGGAAGUUACUCCCAACUGAUUCCCCUAAAGCUGGUGGCGUGUUUGGGGAGCCACAGAUAUUCCCUCGAGUGGGGGAACAGUAUCAGGUUGAUAUUCCACCAUAUACACAGAAUUGGACUGAUGAUGAUGACUCUUGGGAUGUAUUUGUUGGACUGCACAUACCUUUAAGGUGGGCAAAUCUAGGAGGAAAAACAACCCAAAAACUGGAUGCUUCACAAAUUGCAUCUAGUAGCAGUGGACCUAAAUCAUCGCCAGAUAUUAUCUUGGAGGAUGGAAAGUUAAUAAAUGCAUCCAUUGAGGAUAAACAACCGAAAGGGGAAUGUCCAGGCUACUGUUUACUUCCCGAUGGCAUUGUUGAUCCGUGGACUAAAAAUGAGAAGGCAGGUUUCCUCCUUGGUCUCUAUGUAUUUGAGAAAGAUUUUACUCACUUGAAAAGGUUUAUUCAAACUAAAAAGGCCUGUGACAUAAUGUCAUAUUAUUAUGGGGAGUUUUAUGGAUCUGAUGAGUACCGUAGAUGGUCAGACGGUCGAAAAGUUAGAAGCCGGAAGUGUGUGUAUGGGCAAAAACUUUUUACUGGAUCAAGGCUGCAGGAACUGUUAGGUCGCUUACUCCCUCACAUGUCAGCAGAGCGCCAAAAUGAAUUGUUGGAGCUCUCCAAAACAUUUGGGGAGGGAAAAGUGCAAUUGGAAGAGUUUGUCUUUACAUUGAAGCAUAUGGUGGGAAUGGCCAGUCUCAUAGAAGCAGUUGGAAUAGGCCAAGGAAAACAAGAUCUCACAAAUAUGGCCUUAGAACAUACAAGGCCCAAUCAUGUCAUUACCGUGCGUUCAGAGGUACCAAUUGGCAAAGCUUGCGCCUCUCUUAAACCGGCUGAAAUUAUCAAGUAUCUGACUGGAGGUUGUAGACUGAGCAAAACACGGUCUAAUGACUUAUUUUGGGAGGCCGUGUGGCCACGUUUACUGGCAAGAGGUUGGCAUUCUGAGCAACCUAAAAACAUGGCUUAUGCUGCUGCUACUGGUUCCAAGCAGAGCUUAGUUUUUCUCAUGCCUGAUGUUAAAAAGUUUUCUCGGAAACUCAUCAAGGGGAGCCAUUAUUUUGACUCUGUUACAGAUGUUCUGAGCAAAGUUGCUUCUGAACCUAAAUGGAUUGACCUUGAUACAGAUGAUCAAGGUGGUAAAAAGAAACAAGAAGAUGAAGGAGGGGAUGAUGGAUCAAAGAUGGACACGGACGAUCUGUCUACGAUGAGAUGUCACUCUUAUCUUCAACCAAGAACUCCUAACCAAUAUACAGAUGACAUUAAAUUUACUGUUGUUGAUACCAGCCUUUGCAGCUCUAAACCCUACAAAGUGAGAAAUUUGAGCAGCUUGCCGUUGGAAAUUUCAAGAAAAUUGUGCCCUCAAAUUCAUUUUGAGGGCAAGUCGAAGGACAACAAUGUUGAUAACAUGUCCCUUGAUCAAACUGAUAACAUGUCCCUUGAUCAAACUGAGCCAGUUCGCGCUGGAUCCAAUACAAGCUUACCUAGUAGGGAAAGAUCUUUCCACAGGAAAGAUCAUGAAGUGGGUGCUACAAAUCGGAAGGUGUCACAUUUUAGAAACCAAGCGCUCCAUGCUGACAAUACUUUGAACAAUGAAGAUCUUUGUGAAGAUUCGAAGUCAAGAAAGUUGUUGAAACCCUGCAUUGGCCGUAAAGUGAAAAAAGAAAAUGCAGACAAUACAGGGCAUGUUUCCAAACGACCCCGGGGACUAACUGCUGAAGUGUCUCCUGCAGAACAUCGACCAAAGGUCUUGAUUGACCUUAAUGUGCUUCCAGACUCGCCAGGUUCUGAAAAUGGAGUUGCCGUAACAGAUACCACUGAAGAACAGACUGAUAGCCAAAAGAAACCCGAAAGUCAUUGUGAAUUGCAAUUGUUAGGCAGUGUAGACACUUCUUCUGGUCAGCAGCAGCCAGCUAUGGAGAGUUCAAGGAGGCAUAGCACCAGAAACCGUCCUCCAACCACGAGAGUACUCGAAGCUUUGGCCAAUGGGUUCUUGACUGUAAACAGAAGGCCAAAGAAUAAAGAAGCCGGAUCACAACAAAAUUUGGGGUCAAAGAGUUCACAACAAGCCCAUGGCAGAACAAAGACUGCUGGGUUUGGGAAUCACUCUCAAGUGUCCAAGAUUGAUGAGGAAACACAUGGUGUUUGCAGUAGCAGGGCAAAGAAAGACGUGUUCAGCAAACUAAAGUCUCCUCCUAACCAGAAUGGGCGAACCAUCGGAGGCCUCUGAACUUGUGAAACAUGUUCCCUCCUACUUCAGUGGCUCAAACUGGUUGUGGCUAUUGUAUGAAUUUUAAAAUGUCAAACUGCUCCUCGAAUGCGAUGAAGACAAAUUAAUGAGUCAACUAAUCUUUGUCAAUAUCUUUGUCAAUGAAUGAGGUUAGGGAAG